AUGAGUCCACACCCGCAUUAUUCGUUCAAUGGCCAAUCAAGACCGGCCAUUGUAACCUAUGUUUUCGGAGCACCAGAUCCGUUCCUACAUUUUCCUUCGAUUUCACACGAGUCUCAGCACGUGUUAUUGUCGCCACUAAGCAGUGUCUCAGACAUUCCAUUCGCUUCAGAGGGUGAUGAGGAGAACAACCCCUUCCUCGUGAAAGAAAGAAACAAAUCCAUUAAAAACAGCGUUGCUCCUCCACCAGGAGCAGUUUCGCAUUCAAAAAAAAUUCGGUUUUUGAAAGAAAUUUUUCUCGAUUCCAAUCAAAAUAAGGCGGAGCCUUUGGAUACGUUCCAGGGCAAUUUAACUUCCCUAGUUUCUUGUUCUACGCCAGCACAGGCCAUUGAUCGGUUGGCCAUGCAAAUAGCUAGCGAUUCUGAUGCCCAAUCCUCGCACCCACAAACCCAUUUUUCUUGUGGCGAUAUUUUACAAGGACCAGAUUGCCCUUUUCGACUAGAAGAUUGGAUCGAUAUCCGGCGACUGUCCCAAUUUGUUAUACUUGACACAUAA